GUUUAGCGCAUCUACUUUAAUACACUGGGAGAAACAUCCACCUACGAUUCAACAUCCUCGAACCGAAUGUGAACGUGACGGAGCAGGGGCCAUCAACUAAGGCUCUUUCUUUUCACUUGCUGCCUGCCUACCAAGUAUCUCUUUGCCUACCCUCCUUUACCUUACUUCCUAAACCUGACCCAUAUCUUAAUACUGCUUGUUCUAUAUUUGACCUGCCCGAUUUAUAUUUAUUAUUGCCCGCCAAUUCAUGAAUCGUACAAUAGCAGUGCCGGGUUAUGAUACACCAGGAAUACCUUGACUGCUCAUCGAGUAUCCGUUGGCAAACCGUUAGUCUGAUUCACACGUUUGACGUGCAUAACCUCGCAGUUCCUCUCAAGGAGUUAGACUUUAUCCAGCCUCUUUCUCUCCCGUUCGCUCUAUUUUCUAUCCAUUUUCCCCCUACGUAUCAAAUCUGUUUAUUUUAAAUAUACCCGUAAGAAACUUUCAAGGAUGCCUGAUGUCGAGUCUGAUCAGACGCCGCCGCAAUUGCCACCACCUCGACGGCAGCAGACUGAGGCCAAGACACGAACAAACUUUUUGCCCGCAGAAGUCUCUCAGGCUCUGAGCUUUGGAGCUUUGACAGGAACUGCCGGUGCGCUUGGUGGAGCUAUCAUUGCCGUAUCACGUCACCGCCCAGCCUUGAUAUCUACCGUACUAGGAGGAGCUUAUUGGUUUACUGCAGGCUCUGUGUUCAAUGGUCAGUGUGUUUUCUAAAUGUUGACUAAAUUGAUUGAACCCAUUGAGACACGUAUUUUGUCUGACAUUUCUUUUCAUUCAGGCUCAAGAUCAGCCAUAACUGCAGCCUAUGGAGCGCGGGACCUGAGCGGAAAAGACAAGAUCGUAAUCAGUGGUGCGGCUGGCGCUCUUGCUGGCAUGGCGCAAGGAGCAUUGGCCACGGGUAUACGCUCCAGUCCACCAGCAGCCUUGGCCUUGAUGGUUCUUGGUGCAGGUGGUCAGGCUGUUUCAAACAAGUUGGCUGCGCGAGAGCCGACGCCAGCGUCGAAAGCAGUGUCAAAGCAAGACUGGUUAUCUUCCAAAUGGAGUCCUCUCACACCUCUCACUGACAAGGAGUAUGAGAACAUGCUCCAGGAAAAGAUACUAAAGCUAGAUGCAGAAAUUGCCAUGGUAGACGAUAACAUUGCAGUCUUGCGAGAAAAGCAAAAGUCUACUGAGAACCAGAAAUAGGCCUACUUGGCAUCUGUACAAUUAUAAUACUACUGUACUGUAUUUACUGUGUAUUUACAUAUAUGCAUGUCAAUGUGCGCAUAAAUUAGGGUGUCCUCCGGG